AGGCGGGGACCCACCGGUUUCGCUCCGCGUCCGCGGCAGAGAAGGGAGGACCCUAGGGAACUGGACCUCCGCGUCUGGUCGCCCAGCCCUGUUUUGGCUUGGGCCCACAUGGAGGGGACUGCAGAGUCCCAGACGCCUGACUUGCGGGACGUGGAGGGCAAGGUGGGCAGGAAGACCCCGGAAGGGCUGCUCCGCGGGCUGCGAGGCGAGUGGGAGCUGGGAACCUCUGGGGACCUGCUGCUCCCUGGGGCACCCAGCACCGGCCACAGCCUGGGGGACAAGAUCAUGGCGCUGAGGAUGGAGCUGGCUUACCUUCGAGCUAUCGAUGUGAAGAUCCUGCAGCAACUGGUGACCCUGAACGAGGGCAUCGAGGCAGUUCGUUGGCUGUUGGAGGAGCGGGGAACACUGACCAGCCAUUGCAGCAGUCUUACCAGCAGCCAGUAUAGCCUGACAGGUGGAAGCCCAGGCCGCUCAAGGCGGGGCAGUUGGGACAGCCUGCCAGAUACCAGCUCAACUGACCGGCUGGACAGUGUCUCUAUUGGCAGUUUCUUGGACACUGUGGCCCCCAAAGAGCUGGAUGAACAAGGACCCCCUGGGCCUUCCUGUCCUGAGAUUGACUGGGCAAAGGUUAUACCCAGUGAAGCCAGGACUGAGGUGGACGUAACAUCCACCAAGCUAGGGAGCUUAACGGCUCCUUGGAAGCUCCCAGGAGACGAGCUGCAAGGUGGACCACCUGAGCUAUCGGAGGAUGACAAUGUUAAGCAGGGCUUUGAGGCUCACUGGUUCUGGGGACAGUGCCAGGAUGACGUGACCUUCUUGUAAAAACUUCCCUACCUAUUUGUGCUUUGUGGCUCUUUCAGCUUGUGGCCCAAGUCUCUCUCAGUUUUCCCUCAACCUCCGACUAGACAGAAGCUAUACCGAAAUCACUUACCACAGAAGCCUGGCUUCUCUCUCUCUCUGCUCCCUGGGGAACCUUUGCAUUUAUCCCUCAAUUAUUGGGUCCCUGGAGCUAUUUCCAUAGAGAUAUUGACUCUAGAGAACUAGCCUGUGGCUCCUGAUGUAAGGGUAUCCCACACCCUUCCCCAGUGAGGUGAAGGUUUAUGAAAUUUAGGGCUUCUAGGACAUCACUGAAGAGGAGAUGGGGGAAAUAAUCUCCUCAUCCAAACCCUAGGAGGCUGGGAUGCCUCAUAAAAGAUGGAGAACUGGGGAGGGGCGUUCAGGACCAAACCUCCAUGGAUUGGCCCUCCUCCAUGGAGUUAGGAGAGGAACCCUUUGCUGCCUGCUGAGUGAUGUCAUUUCCUUUCAUGAUACAGGGAAGAGUGCUUCCUCUAAAGCAGUCCUGGUUGGUGUGUCAUAGGCCUGUAUGGAGGGUUCCUGAGUCCCUGUUGUCCCGCCAUUGCCUCCUGUGAGAGGGAACACAUCGCUCUUGCUGCAGAUGUCUGUGCUGCUUUUAUCGGUUCUUCCUUUUCAAACAUGGUGUUUUCAUCCCUGCUUGGUGCUGUAAUGAUAUUCUUACUGGGUGGUGAGAAACUCAGAGGCCUCCACCUCGGCUCUCAAAUCUGCUUAGCUCACUUUCCUGGAGACCCUGUCUGGCCCUGGUCCUGUUUCUUACCUCUGGAUCCAUCUGCCAGGAGUUUAGCUUGAGCGUCUUCACGUCUCAGUGUCCUCUUUCGGCCCCUGCGUUUUUAUGUGCCUCUCGUCCCCUUGUUGUCUGGAAACAAGGAUAGUGAAUUCUCAAGGUUCUGGGGACACUCUCAGAUGACGGGAUGAUCUUGUCAUCUCUGACUCUGCUCACGCUUCCCUCAUCCUGGCCAGCUUCCACCAUUUGAUCAUAAGAAUGCCUUUCUCAGGUUGAAACACAAGGAAUCCCCUUGUUUGAGCUACAGUGUGGGAGUGUGGCAGAAGACAGAGGCCCUGUGGUUCCUGGGCCUCGUUGCGGGGAAUAGACUGGAGAGUACUUUAGGGCAAGCCUAUGACUCCUGGGCUUGAGGGGUAAUUGGUGCUGGCUCUAGGGCUGGAUCCCAAGACCCUAGCUAAGUACACUGGUGAAGAAAUUCAGGGAAAUCGCCAUUCUGGGCCUCAAGGAAAGGGCAGGCCCAGAGAAGGGGUGGCAAAUGCCGUGAUUUAUACCUAAGUAAGCUGGGCACUCAGAAGGCAGAGGCAGGCGGAUCUCUAUGAAUUCCAAGCCUGCCAAAGAUAUAUACAUAGUUAGACCUAGUCUCAAAAAGCAAUCAGAGCCGGCUGGUGGUGACUCAUACCUUUAAUCCCAGCAUUUGGGAGGCAGAUCUCUGUGAGUUUGUGGCUAGCCUGGUCUACAGAGCGAGUUCCAGGGCAGCCAGGGCUACACAGAAAAACACUGUCUCCAAAAACCAAAAGCCAAACCAAUAAAACAAAAACAAAGAAACCAGAGUGACUUCUUGGAGAUUAGCCCUUUGAGUCCCAGGUAGCUGCCCUGUCUUUCCAGGGCCCCGAAACUGGAUUAUACUGGAGGGGAAAGGGCGAUCUUUAUUCAGGGGACCCUCCUGAGUUGGAGGAGUCUUCCCCCAAACCGUCUUUUUCUGCUUUCCAGAAAUUUCAUUUUGGGGAAAGGAAAGUAACCAUGUUGAUUGUGUCUCUCCUGUCUCCCCAGCCCAAACACCUCAAUAGUUUUAUAGCCCCAAAUCCUACAGCAGUUCGGCCUCUGGCUUUCCUAUCUAUAGACCUCUCCUCCCGUGCCCUCAAAGUGAUUGCUAUGUCUACAGUGACCUCAGAUUCUUUUCCACUGUAGCUGGACUUCCUCACCGUGCCCCAUAGUUCUGGGACUCCUGCUUUCUUUUUCUCAGACUGGAAUUUCAGAUGCCCUGUCUCAGUCCACACUCUGAACCAUCUAUAGUGUUCCUUGGACAACCAACCACCUUUCCUCAUUGAAGAUACUGUAUUCUGUUUCUGAGUUACAUUUCAUCAGCUAUAAAUUUAGGAGCUGAAGAGGUUGCCUGCCUCCUUGUGGCCAUUAUGCACCAUUGCUGGAGUUGCUGGGUGAAAUCUCCAAGUUUAAAUGGAAUUCUAUCUAGCCUUUCGAGAGGUGGCAUAGAUUUGCCCAGUUCUGCCUGUUGUGAAACUGUAGCAAUGGCCUUGAUAGAGAACCUACUGCCCAGUCUACAAACUGCCUCCAUCUGUAGUCACACUGCCCAGCCUGCAAACCCACAGCUCCAUCUGUAGUCACACUGCCCAGCCUGCAAACCCACAGUUCCAUCCGUAGUCACACUGCCCAGUUUGCCAUCCCACAGGUCCAUCUGUAGUCACACUGCCCAGUCAACACCCUAAUGCCCAAAGGAACUGAAAACUAUUUUCCUCAUUGUAAGAUCUGAGACCUACCUGAGUAUGGUGGCACACACCUGGCCUGUAAUCCCAGCACUUGACAGGUGGAUACAGAUUAGGGGUUCAAAGUCAUCUUCAGCUACAUAGCUAGCCUGGAACCUGUGGGCAAUCCUUCUGCCUCAGCUUUGAGUGCUGUAAUUAGAAGUGUGAGCUGCCACACUUGGGUUUGGGUAUCCUGUCUUAAUACCUUUAGACUCUAGUUCAUCAUCUGAAGAAUCCAAAAGUCACAGAAAUGUAUCCCUGGUCUUUCCUAUAUGCCUCUAGGCUGCCUGGAUGAGGCUUGGUUGUCUUAUUAGCGUGGACUUUUAUGAUUAUAAAUAGGAGCUGUUUGGGAGCUCAGAGAAGUGAGAGAUGCAGAGACACAAGAAGAAAGGGAAACAGGGUGAACGUCUGAUCUCCAAACUCAAUGCCAAGAUGGUAGCGGGGGGGGGAAACAGAACCUGGGAGGGGGAAGAUGGGUCUGUCCAGGGGACCCGAGACCAUGGGAGAGGUCAGGUGUUGUAUUUCAAGGGAGCUGGGGGAGGUUAGGCUAAACCUUAGGUUGAAUGGAAGAAGCUGAGUGGCAGUUUCAGUUAGAAAUAUUUGUGGUUACAGUGAGCACAAGCGCAUUGUGGUUGUGGUGCCGGGCUCCUGCUGAGUAUUCAAUUGCAUCCAUUCAAAGAAUAAAGAAUGUGUGUGAGCCCACAAGGAAAUGUAAUGCAUAAAAAGAAAAUUAACCUGGUUUAUACUUUAAGCAUUUUAAAACAUUGUUUCUUAAUCCUAUAAACAGCCCCUUGUUACCAACAUAUUGUUGAAUAGAAAUUUGCUAAUUUCAGAUCAGUAACAAAUAGGUUACGGUACACAUGAAAGUCAGUGUGAUUGUAAGGUCCUUCCGUGAAAUCCAUGCCUCCCCACUAAGCCCCCACAGCCACGCUUUUCUUACUCUCCUAGGAGAUCAGCAGUGUCUUGGUUUGCUGUUACUGAUGUAAUGAAUUACCACAAACUCUAGUGGCUUAACAGCCAGUUAGGCUGGGCAUGCCGGCACACGUUGGCAACCUGAGCCCUCAGGGGGCUGGGGCAGGAAGGUUUGAGGCCAGUCUCAGAAAAGGAAUCAGACUUGGGUGGGAGGAGGGCUUCUGCAGGCUGGGUCCCUGACAGUCUCUCCUUUCCAGGACCACUGUGUCCUGCUCCUCCAGGCAGAGGUAAUUACAUUCCCAACAGACUAAGCCAGGCUCUCCCUGGAACUCACACACGUCUCCUUUUUAAAUGUUUUUUAUUCCUUAGUGGUUAAUUAUUGUUGAUUCUAGACCCAUUUUUUUCUUCUUUUUUUAGUUCCUGAUCCCAGUCUCAAUCUUCUCUUGGACAUAGGCAUACACUCAAAUGUGUCAAUAUAUGUUUGGAAAUGUAUCUUUAAAUAUAUAUGUGUAUGUGUAUAAUAUGAUUCUGGGCUUUUACGUAUUUUAAUAUGUAUAUAUAGUGUACUUUGAUAGUAAAGUAACUUCUCUAAUGA